AGCAAUCGUGAUACGUUACCAUACGUUACUGUUCAAAUUCAAAUAUAGUAUAGCGUGAAGAUGGGCGCACGUGGAUGUAUAUAAAUGAACGGUUUACCUGCAGUUUGCCUUCCGUUGCGUGUGUGUCUUUUGAUGCCUUUGUGUAUGGAAUGGCGUAGGGGUAUAGACCAUGUUAAAUGUCGGACAAACGAGGAGCAACAACAUCAACGAUAAUAUAUGCGACGUCCGACUAAAUUUUUAUCGCAACAUACGUGAACAAACUUUUGUUAACCACCGAUAGACGGGCUCUCUGCGAGGUUUUCGUUUGCCGACGCUUCGCCGUGUUUUUCAUUAUUCUGUUGCAGUUAUAUAAACAAACGGAUAAAAAUGAGUGAAACGAUGGAGAAUGGGAGUGGGUUGAACCCAUCCAAAAAGCAGAAAACCAUCGAGGGUAUAUACCAAAAGAAAUCGCAGUUGGAACAUAUAUUACUGCGACCCGAUACUUACAUCGGUUCAGUGGAACCAGUGACCGAGUUGAUGUGGGUCUAUGAUAAACAGAAGGAAGCAAUGGUACAAAGGGAGAUCAAAUUCGUGCCGGGUUUAUACAAGAUAUUCGAUGAGAUCUUGGUGAACGCUGCAGAUAACAAGCAGAGAGAUCCAAAAAUGGAUAUGAUUAAAAUUGAAAUUAAUGCAGAGGAUAAUAUUAUAUCCGUGUGGAACAAUGGUAAAGGCAUUCCAGUGGUGAUCCACAAAGAGGAAAAUAUGUUCGUUCCGACGAUGAUAUUCGGUCAUUUGCUGACGUCGUCUAAUUACGAUGACGAGGAGGAGAAAGUGACGGGCGGUAGAAACGGCUACGGUGCCAAAUUGUGUAACAUUUUCAGUCGCCGUUUUACUGUAGAGACCGCGUCCAAAGAGUACAAGAAAUGUUUGAAACAAACGUGGAGCAAUAACAUGGGAAGCGCGAGUGAGCCUCGGAUCAAAGAGUUCAGCGGCGAGGAUUUCACGAAGGUGAUAUUCUCGCCGGAUCUCACCAAAUUCAGGAUGGAACGUCUGGACGAUGACAUAGUUGCCCUUAUGUCGCGCAGGGCGUUCGAUGUAGCCGCCUCGACGAGGGGCGUCAAGGUUUACCUGAACGGUGACAAGAUCCCUGUGAAGAAUUUCAAAGAUUACGUCGACUUCUACAUAAAAGACAAAGACGAUGAGACGGGCAAUCCAUUGAAAGUAAUUUAUGAGAUGUCAGGACCGCGAUGGGAGGUGGCUAUCACGAUGUCUGACAAAGGUUUUCAACAAAUGUCGUUCGUGAACAGUAUCGCGACGACGAAGGGUGGCCGACACGUCGAUCACGUUACCGACAUGAUAGUUAAACAGUUAACAGAGAUCCUGAAGAGGAAGAACAAGUCCGGUUUAACCAUUAGACCGUUCCAAAUAAAGAAUUAUUUAUGGGUGUUUAUCAAUUGUCUCAUCAAUAAUCCAACGUUCGACUCGCAAACCAAGGAGAACAUGACGUUGCAGUCGAAGAAUUUCGGAUCAAAGUGUACGCUUAGCGAGAAGUUCUUUACCUCAGUGACGAAAAUGGGGAUUGUCGAGGCCGUAUUGUCAUACGCAAAAUUCAAAGCUGACACUCAGUUACAAAAAUUGGGACCUAAGUCAAAGCAAAGGAAGCUACAAGGUAUACCGAAAUUGGAAGAUGCGAACGACGCAGGUACCGGGAAAUCCUUAGAUUGCACGCUGAUAUUGACUGAGGGAGAUUCAGCGAAGACCAUGGCCGUAUCCGGUUUGGCGUCUAUAGGCAGAGACAAAUACGGUAUAUUCCCUCUGAGGGGUAAAAUUCUGAAUGUGAGAGAGGCUACGCACAAACAGAUAUUGGAGAACGCGGAGAUUAAUAAUUUGAUAAAGAUCCUCGGUCUCCAGUACAAAAAGAAGUACGAAACGCGGGAAGAUCUAAAGACGUUGCGGUAUGGGAAGUUGAUGAUAAUGACCGAUCAGGAUCAGGACGGCUCGCAUAUCAAAGGAUUAUUAAUCAAUUUUAUUCAUCAUAAUUGGCCGACGUUGUUAAGACUCAAUUUUGUCGAAGAGUUCAUUACACCUAUCGUCAAAGCUUCGAAAGGGAGUCAAGUGCUCAGUUUCUUUUCCAUGCCGGAAUUCAGUAAAUGGAAAUCAGAGACUGAAAAUUAUCAUACGUACAAGAUAAAGUACUACAAAGGUUUGGGUACGUCCACCGCCAAAGAGGCGAAGGAGUACUUCGAGAACAUGACCAGGCAUAGGAUUCGGUUUAGAUACGAGGGCGAGCAAGACGAUCAGAAUAUAAUAAUGGCGUUUAGUAAGAAAUGCGUCGAUCAACGAAAGGAGUGGUUAAUGAAUUACAUGGACGAGACCAAGAGGAGAAAGGAGAUCGGGCUCGGUGAACGUUUUUUGUACGAGAAGGACACACGCGUAGUUUCAUUCUCUGAUUUCAUCAACGUGGAGCUGGUACUCUUCAGCAAUUACGACAACGUCCGAUCCAUACCGAAUAUGAUGGACGGUUUCAAACCCGGGCAAAGGAAAGUGUUAUACACUUGCUUGAAGCGUAACGAUAAACGCGAGGUGAAGGUGGCUCAAUUGGCUGGCUCCGUGGCCGAACAUUCCGCUUAUCAUCACGGCGAAAUUUCCCUCAUGUCGACUAUCAUUAAUCUCGCUCAGAACUUCGUGGGAAGCAACAACAUCAAUUUGCUACAACCCAUUGGUCAGUUUGGUACCAGGUUAACGGGAGGAAAGGAUGCUGCGAGUCCUCGUUAUAUCUUCACAAUGCUCAGUCCGCUCGCGAGGUACAUAUUUCACAAACACGACGAUGCUCUGCUGAAACACGAGUACGAUGAUAAUCAAAAAAUUGAGCCAGUCUUCUAUGUACCGACGAUACCUAUGGUUCUGGUGAACGGCGCCGAUGGUAUUGGUACCGGAUGGAUGACAAAGAUUCCGAAUUACAAUCCUAGAGAGAUCAUUGAAAACUUGUACAGAAUGAUGGACGGUGCCGAUCCGAAACCAAUGAUGCCAUAUUAUAAAAACUUCAAAGGCGUGAUAGAAAAUUGUGGAGACUACAGAUACGUCACUAACGGUGAAAUAUCGGUAAUAGGACCUGAUAAAGUUGAGAUCACUGAACUUCCAGUGGGAGUUUGGACUCAGACAUACAAGGAAACCGUUUUAGAGCCGAUGUUGCAUGGAACUGAAAAAUCUCCAGCUAUUAUCACAGAUUACAAAGAAUACAAUACAGACACGGCUGUACACUUUAUAAUAAUUAUGAACCGUGAUAAAUUGGCGGAAUUGGAGAGGGACGGUCUCCACAAGGCGUUUAAAUUGCAAUCGGUCACCACAGUUACGAAUAUGUGCGCGUUUGAUGAGAAUCAAUGUCUACGAAAGUACGACAACGUUACCCAGAUAAUGAGAGGUUUUUAUAAAGCUAGACUGGAGAUGUAUCAUAAAAGGAAAGACUACUUGGAGGGUAUCUUGAAAGCCGAGGCGUCGAAACUGUCGAAUCAAGCUAGGUUCAUUUUGGAGAAGUGCGACGGCACACUAGUCAUUGAGAAUAAGAAGAAAAAGGAUAUGAUAGCGGAAUUAGUUAGACGGGAGUACGAUUCCGAUCCGGUAACGGCUUGGAAGUUAGCGCAGAACAGGGAAGAAGUAUUGGAGACUCAAGACGACGUAGCAGAGGACGAAAACGGUGAAGUAGUUACUACCAACGCUAUGGCUAGGGAAAACUUCGACUACCUACUGGGAAUGACGUUAUGGAGCUUGACCAAGGAAAGAAAGGAUGAAUUGUUACGUAACAGGGAUGAGAAAAUAGCCGAACUGAAAAGACUACAAGCGAAGACACCGAUGUCACUGUGGAAAGACGAUUUACAGCAGUUAUUAGAUAAAUUAAACGAUAUCGAAGAGAAAGAACAGAAGGAAGAGCUCAAGUCGAGGAUGAAUAUAAAGAAACCACCAGUCAAAUUUUAUAAUACUGAUGAUGUCCGUCGCAUCGAACCAAUAAUCGAUACAGAACUGAAAAAGAAGAUCGACAAAGCAAACAUCGCCUCUAAGGAUAAGAAAGAAGGAAUUAAAAGGCAAAAAAUAAAGAAAGAGCCAACAGAUGAAAAAGACGAAUUCGAUCUAUUGGCCGAUGCGAACAAUAAGCCCUUGGAGGAUCGACUUCUUUCCCCAGAUAAGAAACCGGCUAUCAAGAGGAAAUUGAAGCAAGGAACGUUGCCUUUCAAAUCAAAGGGUGGGAAGAAGGGCGAUAAAAAGAAGGAUAAAGGUUCAGGCAGUGAACAAGAGGACAUUAACUUCGACAGCAUAUCUCCUCCCCCUGAACCACGGGCAUUGCGCAAAACCGCUGUUAAAAAGAAUUACACCUUGAGCGACGAAUCUUCCUCCGAUGCUCUUAACGUUAACUCGGACGUAGAAGAAGACAUCAAACCUAACAUCAGUAGUGACGCCGACGAUGUUUUGAGAGUGUCCAAGAAACCCAGUUCAGAAGAACUGUUCGACUCUCUAGUCAGCAGCACGCCAGAGAAACAGAAAAUCCCAAUCGUGUCUAGUGAUUCUUCGAACGUGUUCUCGCCUCCAGCGAAAUCGCCCGUCAAGAAAAAGACAGAGAACGGAGGCAAAGGUACGAAAAGACCGAAGAAAAAGACGAUCAUGUCCGAUUCCGACUCUGAUGAAUACACGUUCCCAAGCAAAUCAGCGAACUUAAAAAAGAAGAAGAAGAAGAUCGAAUCGGAGGACGACAGUUCGUUGAGUAUCAUAGAAAGCUCACCAGUACAAGCAGCACCAGUGCGAAAACGAGCUGGUCGUGCUCGGAAACCCAUUUCGUACGCUGUAAAAUCAGAGGACGAUGAUAGUGACAAGGACUCAAAUUAAAUGAUACUAUCAUGUAGAAUAGACGAAUAGACAGCUGAAGAAAAGAGAACGUGCAAGUCAGUGAGUGAAUCUCCGGAAAUUUUUAUCGCAGUAUUUCUAUUAAUUCUUUAAAUCGUUCAGAUUAUCGAUAAAUCUAAUUUCAUAUUUCUUUUAAUUGAUGACUCAAUCGAUUUUGUGUGAUCUCAUGUUGUAUAAUACAUUUGCAUCGUUCGGUAAGUGUCGCAGGACAUUCUGCUACUUAGUGCAAAUGGCUUAGGGUCUUUCCCCCCUUUUUUUUAACUUGUUCAUACAGGUUCACUACCGGCCACAAGUUUGGAAUUGAAUAAAAUAUUGUGCCCAUGUCUAUAAAUAAAAUUGUCCAAUGAAUGAAUUGGACAUAAAUUUUAAUUACGUGUGACUCAAAUGUAAUUUUGAGUCUCGACUCAAGUAAUUAAUUAAAGAAUCGAAUGAUUUCCAACUUUUGACCGAUAGCUUAAACCCUUUCCCCGGGAUAUUAUCGUAAAACUUAAGCUAGCAAUUUUUUAUGAUAUAUAUGUGUACAUAAUUAGACUAGUUAACAUACUUUUUUAAAAAGGAGAAUUUACAAUUUCUCUACGACAUAUUAUAAGUAACGAUGAAGCGAUAAAUGAUACACUACCGGCCGAAAGUUUGUCUGUCGUUCGCAUAUAUAUCAAGAAAAAGAAAGAAUCCAAUUCUGUGGAAAGAUUGUACAAAAUUCUAUUUAUAAAGUACGAUAAGUUUCCUAUUAAUAUUUGCAGUAUUAAGAAACAUGUAAUCCAUAAUAAUAAUAGUAAUUAUCUAAUAAGCAUUGUAUACGUAUAUAACCACGAAAGUGAUCAACUUUUGGAUGGUAGUGUACGAUUUUUAUUAGCAAUUAUAGUGCAACUACAAUUGUUACACGUGCGUACACACGCGAUUUUCAAUUAAGGUAUCGAUUAUUAUAAUUCUUUUGUACGGAUAAACUGUCCAAAUUGUUCAUGUAUUUAAAUUAAUCUCGGAUUCAAGAAUAUCACUUUUACGUACCCUUAAAUUCUUCAUCGUAAAAGACGAAGACUUCAACAUAUAAAUUGUUUUGUAAAAAAAUUUUAAUAAAAUAACAUAUUUUUUCACACGUUA